AUGCCGUUGAGUCCAGUGCAGCGAGCCAAGAGGGCUUUCGUGUCCAUCCUGCUGACCCUGGCAACGGCCUACGGUCUGCAUGUGGAUGUCACACGAGAGUCUGGGGACGAGACGGUGCAAGCGACCUACCGCAAGGUCGCACGCUCCGUCCAUCCGGACAAAGGUGGUUCUGACCAGGAUGCGCAGCGGCUGAACACGGCUCGAGAUGCAUGGCAGGACGCUCGUCGCGCAGGGCAGCCUGCAGGCAGGCCCAUGAGGAGGCCAGCUGCUGCUGCUGGUCCCCUGCACGCGAGCGCCCUGACGGAAAGUCGUCGUGCGUGUCGUGUUAAUGCCACUGCCGUCCUCUUGACUUACCAGAGCUGGCCGUCUGGCGCCGGCAGUGCGACUUGGGAAGCCUUCUGCCGCUUCGUCAGUGAACACAUAGCGGCGUGGGCCGUAAAGUACUGGACCGCGACGAUGGAGGCCAACGCAGCCGGAAGCCACCACUUGCAUCUGAUGCUGCAAUUCAACACGACCGUGGACGUCCCAGCCAGCCGCUUCAUCUUUGACGGCCGGCGGCCCAAUGUAAGCUCGCACGAUUACCUGGGCGAGGGCCUCUGCAAAAAGAAGCUGCAGCAAUCGAUAGACCGGGGCAUGUUUUAUGUGUGGGCCAACAAAUGCGGUACGGCCCAGCUGCCAGACGGUCGCCUUUGUGUUGCCUGCAACUACGCCCCGUGUUGGACGGCAGCGCCGCAGACCUACCAGGUACUGGGCAAAUGGCCGGAGACCUUGUGGAAACAACGCAAGCUGGAGACUGCGCAGUACGAAGAGUACCUGUUCCUGACUCGCGAUGGUGUCUUGGCUCGCAAGCGAAACCUGGAUGCAGUCAAGGAGCACGAAGCCGCGGUCGCAGAGGCCAAAGUGAUGGAGUCCAACAAGCGUCGCUUGAGGAGCAACCCGGAAGUGUACCGGAGCUUCCCCGUUGUUCCUCUUGCCCAAGACUGGCUGGCCACCUUCCAAGAGGAUCGUUUGCGGUACCCGUUGCUCGUGGUCUUGGGUGCGUCGCACACAGGAAAGACCGAGUGGGCCUCUGCGGCUGUGGAGAAGUUCCUCAUCCGCCGCCUGCUCGCCUUGCGCAUGGUGUCUGCUUGCACGGCUGCGACACUGCGCAGAGAGGUGCUCAGUGCCAAGCAGGUGGACCUGGACGAGUCCACAGUGCGAAAAGUCCUGCGAAAGCAUGGAUACCAUUGGCUCCCUCGCGCACAGAAGCGGAAGUACACCGCCAAACACAAGCUGGAACGCCUACGCUUUGCGCAAGCCGUCUUGCGCUUGACGAAGGCGCAGCUCCGCGAGAAGCUGUCCUUCGCCAUGGACGGCGUCAUUCUCUCCGUGCCACCCAAGAACGCAACGGACCGUCACAACUACAUCGCCCAAGGCGAAACACACAUGUGGCGGCGACGUGGGGAGGCUUACACCGAGGGCUUGGCUGGGCAGACUCCUUACCUGCAGCAGGUUCCCUUGGAUCGUGUCCUACCACUCUGGGGUGGACUGUCUGCAGGUGGCUUUGCUAUCGUGACAUGCCACGCCACUCGCAAGCUCAGCGCUGCAGAGUGGUGUCGCAUCGUGCGCGCUGGUCGCCUGAGGCGGGCCAUCCAAGCCCUGGGUCCGAUGAAGAAGCAUGGUCCAUGGAAGGUCCUAUGCGACAACGAGAAGUUUCUUGACACCGCUGCAUCGCGCAGUGCGAUGGCAGUGGAAGGAAUUUCUGCGUGGCGCAUGCCUGCCUCAUCUCCUGACCUCAACCCUGUUGAGAAGAUGUGGGCAUGGUUGCGCAGACGCAUCCGGCAGAAGGACCGUGAAGAUCUAAGGAAGCGGCGGCCGCCAAUAGGGAAGACAGCGUUCCAAGCGCGGGUGCGGAACAUCCUGGCGUCCAAGACAGCCCAGGAUGUGGCAGCACGCAUUGCCGGCGGUUUUCGAAGAACCUGCCAGGAUGUCGUUGCGCGCAAGGGCGGCAUGGCUAAAGCCUAA